CACAAACAGCCAGCCUCUGCUGGCUGACCUGGGGCAGGUCACCUCACCUCCCUGAGCCGGUGACCUCCGCGUGAAAAGAGGGCCCCCCAAUUGGCCCAUCGUGAGUGUGCAGGGGACAAGUCAGAGCGGAAGGAGGAAGGCAGGGAGGGAAUAAAGGCUCGGUGACCCACCAGUUCUGCCCAGGAGCUCACCUGCCUCUGAGCCCCCGGCUGACUGCCUUGUGCCUCCCCCAGGAUGGACACACAGACUGUGCUGCUCAUCCUGCAAGCCUGGCUGGUGCUCCCCCUGGCUGAUGGAGCCAACCCCGUCCUGCGCUUUGUGGCCCUGGGUGACUGGGGAGGAGUCCCCAAUGCCCCAUUCCACACUGCCAGGGAAAUGGCCAAUGCCAAGGAGAUUGCCAGGACCGUGCAGAUUCUCGGUGCAGACUUCAUCCUGUCCCUGGGGGACAAUUUCUACUUCAGUGGGGUGCAGGAUGCCAACGACAAGAGGUUUCAGGAGACCUUCGAGGAUGUGUUCUCUGCCUCUUCCCUCCGCAAUGUGCCCUGGUACGUGCUGGCUGGCAACCACGACCACCUGGGGAACGUCUCGGCACAAAUAGCCUACUCCAGGAUCUCUCAGCGUUGGAAUUUCCCCAGUCCUUACUACCGUCUGCGCUUCAAAGUCCCACGGUCCAACGUGUCCGUGGCCAUCUUCAUGCUGGACACGGUGACGCUGUGUGGCAACUCAGAUGACUUCCUCAGCCAGCAGCCCGAGAGGCCCCGGGACCCGGCGCUGGCCCGCACACAGCUGGCCUGGCUCAAGAAGCAGCUGGCAGCGGCCAAGGAGGACUAUGUGCUGGUGGCCGGCCACUACCCCGUGUGGUCCAUCGCUGAGCACGGGCCCACCCGCUGCCUGGUCAAGCAUCUGAUGCCUCUGCUGGCCAUGUACAAGGUUACCGCCUACCUGUGUGGCCAUGACCACAACCUGCAGUACCUUCAGGAUGAGAAUGGCGUGGGCUACGUGCUGAGCGGGGCCGGGAACUUCAUGGACCCUUCGAAGAAGCAUCAGCGCAAGGUCCCCAACGGCUACCUGCGCUUCCACUAUGGGGCCGAGGACUCGCUGGGUGGCUUUGCCUACGUGGAGAUCAGUCCCAAAGAGAUGAGCAUCACUUACAUCGAAGCCUCGGGCAAGUCCCUCUUCAAGACCAGACUGCCAAGGCGAGCCAGGCCCGAGCGCCCACGAGUCCACCACCCUAAGGCCUGAGCCAGAGGAACCUCCCUGCCAGGGGGUGGGUGGGCUCUGCUGGGACCCGUGCCCAUGGGCAGGCUUUCUCACAGGCCUGCCAGGCCGCAGCGGAGCAGGGGUAGAACCACAGACGAGGAGCUGUGGUCCCUGGUGGCCCUUGUGACAAAGACGCCCACGUAUGUGGAAAACACAGGGACACGUGUACCAGCUGGAGCGCUGCGCCCCCGUAGCCGGGCUGGUGCAACCCAAGCUCUGGGCAUGGGGGGCAGGGAGGGAAAGCCUUCUCCUGAAUCGAGCAUCUUUCUGUCACUGCCGAAUAUUCAAUAAAAGAACAGUUGCACUGGC